AUGGCAUCGUACGAAGCAUUAUAUGGUAGAAGAUGUCGUUAUCCUAUCGAAAGGUUUGAAGCUGGGAAGACUAACUUAUUGGGACCCGACUUAGUACAAAAAGCUAUUGACAAGGUAUCUCCUAUGAAGGGUGUGAUGCGAUUUGGAAAAGAGUCUUUCAUGUCUCCAUGCCAAAAAAAAAAUUGUAUAUCAGACUCCUCUCAAGUGCUUGAAGCACCUACUAUACCACUCGAUGAGAAGUUGACUUACAAGGAGGAGCCGAUGGUUAUUGUCGCUAGACAAGUCAGGAAGUUACUGUCAAAAGAAGUUGUGGUUGUUGAAGUCUUGUGGAGAAAUCACACCAUUGAAGAAGCUACUUGGGAAGUGGAAGAUGAUAUAUGA